CCACAUCACAUCCAGCCUUUUGAAGCAGUGGCUGGCUACAUCUGCCCAAGGCCAGAGGGUGCCAGGGCCGGGCUGGCCCGUGCGCCUCGGCAGUGGCAGCGCCAACAUGGCCCGGUGCCCCCAGACCUGGCAGUGCCACGCGUGGGCGCAGGGCAGACGUCUGUUCCCAGCUUGGACGAAGAAAUCGAUCUUCUGGCGGAUGUGCUGGCCAGGCAAGAGGCUCCUCGCCCCCACCCGCUGCGGGAUGGCAAGCCCAGGAGGCUGAUCGUGGUGUGCACAGUGGCCGGGAUCUCGGCACUGAUGGUGGCUGCAGUCUGCUGGGGCAGGCUGCAGAAGGAGGUCAGGCUGGCACAGAAAGCAGACUACUCGGCACAGCGAGUGGCCAGCCCUCUGCCCUACGACAAGAUCUCGCCCGGGGACAAGACGCUGGCUCAGAGUGCCCAGAUGUACCACUACCAGCACCAAAAGCAGCAGAUGCUCUCCAUGGAGAAGCAUAAAGAGGAGCCCAAGUUGCCGGACUCAGCAUCAUCCGACGAGGAGAAUGAGGAUGGAGACUUCACCGUGUACGAGUGCCCUGGGCUGGCUCCGGGCAGCCCGGCCGGGGGGACCCUGUGCGCGCG